AGCUCUAGCUGGUUGGUGGUGUUGUUUACUUCCGGGUCGAGCGGUCGUCUUGUGCUGGUCUGAAGCUCCAGUGAUGCUCUAGUGAAGCUCAUGUCUGCUGAAUCGUGAUAUAUUGUUGAAUUCGACCAAGUUAUACUACUUUAAAAAAGUGGUGUCUUCAGCUUUAGUGUUUUAUCCUCGUUCCUGUCCCCACCAUGGCCGAGGAUGUCCAGAAGCACUCAGUCCAUACUCUGGUCUUCAGGUCUCUGAAGAGGACUCACGACAUGUUUGUGUCCGACCACGCCAAGUCCAUCGCUCUGGAUGAGGAAAGCCACAAGGUGAAGAUGGGCGUGAAACUGAAAGCAGAUUAUAGUGCAGUUUUACACAUGCCUGUCCUGAAGGAAGGGAAAGACAGAGUGUCACAGCUUCCUGGCGGUAUGCUAGGCCACCAGAGCUACACACAGCCAGGGGACGACCCAGAAUACCUGAUCACCGGGACACAUGCUUAUCCCUCUGGACCUGGAGUAGCCUUGACUGCUGAUACAAAGAUGCACAGGAAUCCAAGUGAGGCAGGAAUCCACUCUAUGGCGCUGGCUUUGCCACCCUCACAAGCCAGGCAGGACGUGAGCCGCACUGCUGCCAGUGUUGGUGACAUCCAUCGACAUGCAGGAGGAGCAGAGAGAUCUCAUCCGACAGCUGUGUCGCUCUUGGACGGAGGCGGCACCAGAAAUUCUACGCUCGCGAGGAAAGCACCCACUAUGCCUAAACCCCAGUGGCAUCCACCAUGGAAACUGUUUCGGGUCAUCAGUGGUCACCUCGGCUGGGUGAGAUCCAUCGCUGUGGAGCCGGGGAAUCAGUGGUUUGUCACAGGGUCUGCUGAUAGAACCAUAAAGAUCUGGGACCUUGCCAGUGGGAAACUGAAACUCUCCCUGACUGGACACAUCAGUACAGUGCGCGGUGUGGCGGUCAGCAAUCGUAGCCCCUACCUGUUCUCCUGUGGAGAAGACAAGCAGGUCAAGUGUUGGGAUCUGGAGUACAACAAGGUCAUCAGGCACUAUCACGGACACCUUAGCGCCGUGUAUGAUAUCGACCUACAUCCAACUAUUGACGUGCUGGUAACGUGCAGCAGAGAUGCCACAGCAAGGGUGUGGGACAUCAGGACAAAAGCUAACGUGCACACGCUAACCGGCCACACCAACACUGUGGCCACAGUGAGAUGUCAGGCUGCAGAACCACAAGUCAUCACUGGCAGCCACGAUUCAACCAUCAGGCUGUGGGAUCUGAUUGCUGGGAAAACCAGAGCAACUCUGACAAACCACAAGAAGUCUGUCCGAACUCUGGCGCUGCACCCCAGACAAUACACGUUUGCCUCUGGUUCUGCUGAUAACAUCAAGCAGUGGAUGUUCCCAGAUGGCAACUUCAUCCAGAACCUGUCGGGCCACAACGCCAUCAUCAACACUCUGGCGGUUAAUUCUGAUGGCGUGUUGGUGUCUGGAGCCGACAACGGGACCAUCCACAUGUGGGACUGGAGGACCGGCUACAACUUCCAGCGGAUUCACGCAGCCGUGCAGCCUGGAUCUCUGGACAGCGAGUCGGGCAUCUUCGCCUGCAUGUUCGACAACUCGGAAAGCCGACUGAUCACCGCAGAGGCUGACAAGACCAUUAAAGUAUACAAAGAGGACGACACCGCUACGGAAGAAAGCCAUCCAGUCAACUGGAAACCAGAAAUCCUCAAGAGAAAAAGAUUCUAAUCAUUUUUUUAUUUGUUCCUCUCGUCACAGUAACAAAGUUUAAUUUUAUUUCUACCAAACCUCCUGUUGUAGAUACACCCAUCAAGUUUUGUUUGGUACUGCUUUUUUCUUAAUGUGUCUUUGACAGAAGCGAGCACAUUGUCCCGUUUUACUCCAAAUACCAUUUGCAGUCUUCAUUGUAUGACGUUAGUCCGGUAAAGUGGCCAUGUUGGACGGCGAGGAACCGCCCCGAGUGUUUGUUCUUGAUGAUGACGGCUCUCUGGUGGCUCUGGUCCGUCUGAUCCACCAACAUCAGCCACUCUUCACAUUCAGACGGGCUGGCCUCACAGUGGACGUGGUUCCUGCUGGGGUCAAACCCUGCAGAGGGACAGACGGUGCGUUGAAAAUUAGUUUGGAAAAAAGAAAAAAAUGUAUUGACUCAAAAUUGCCAGUUGUUCAGACACGUAAACAAACGACGCCCUUUUUUCCAAUUUGCAAUGUGAAGUUUAUUUUGUUCCGUUUAAUAAAAAAACUACAUUUUUCACAUA